GGCGGUUUCGCUCAGAAGAGCAUGCUGGGUGGCUGAUGCAGCAGGAUGCGACGAAAGAACGAACGGCGGGCAAGCGGAAGGCUGGGGCGAAAGCAGCACAGCUGUCCCCCCUUGUGUUGCCCAAGGGCCAUGCGUCUGCGUGUGAGGACAACAACGUCCUUGCGGAACACCACGAAUUCUUCCAACGCUUGUGCAGUAGCAGCGACACGAUGCCGUCCUUGCCACAUCCGUCCAUUGCGUUGAGUUCCGCACUGAUGGAGGACGGUAGUGCAUACUGGCGCCGAGUUGCAUUGAGGGUUGUGCAUCACCUGAAAGCCGACGAAGUCGUUCGACAGCCCUGUGUCCAUGCCGCCCAGCUCUUGCUCGUGUUCUACUUGAGCUGCGAUGCUUGGUAUGGGCCGAUACUAAUCCUCGAGGGGGUGGUUCCAAUCCUACUACGCGAGUUUUUUCGAUGUCGCGCCGCCUUGGAAAGCUCCGGCGACGUGGGAGCUGUACAUGGCGCGGGGAUGGAUGCUGCCGAUAGCCCUCGACGGCGGCUACCUGGACUUGUCGACGAUGCGCCUCGUCCUCCGGCCCACCAUUGCCUGGAUGUGUCGGUGGACUGGUUUCGUUACACGCAUCGAGCUCUAUGCGUGGACUUAAUCCACCAUGACCAGAUCAACUUUGUCUUGCCACUGGGAGCGCAGACGAUGCUGUGCCUUCUCCGCAACACCACGCUCCCGCAGACCGAAGUUGACGAAUACGACGAUCGGAACCCGACCCCCGCCGCGCCACCGACGGCGCAGCUGUCGUUGCCGUCGAACAUAUUUGCCUUUGGCCCUGUCGUCAGGUCAAAACAGCACCACAUUGCUCCUCGCAACAGUCCCCAACACGAUCGAGACGCCACCAAGAUGGCUGCUCUUGUCGCCAACGAUCUGUCGUAUUACUUGUACUUGGUCGUGCGAACACUGGUGUGCCUCGUGCACGGCGCAAGAGGGCUCGAGCGUCGUCGGCUCCUGAGCGAGGGCGCUGCCCAUGUUCUUGCCGUCGUUGCGGCGCCCCUGCCUCCGAAUCAAGCCAACUCUGUCAUGAAUGGCCUUCCGGCCAUCCGCCGGACGCAGCACCGCUAUCCACCGCAUCUCGCGCGUCUGCUGGAUCUGUCAUCCAUCCAACGCAUGGCACGCGCCGGCCUCGCGUCCAUCUCGAUGGACGAGCUUCGCCGCGUCAGUGCGACUCCAUCGUCGCAGCUCACCUCGUCGUUGGGCGAAUGUCGCGCCAGUGUCGACGCUGUGAUUGCCCAUCGCCUUGACGCUCUGGAGCGUCAUCGAGCAGACGUCCGCCGCCGGCAAGCCGCCGACGCGUGCUUCCGUAACCCCGCCAACUUGUACGAGGCGCGGCUAGGCUCUGCUACAGCUUUGGCCAGCGCGACGAAACCUCUCCACGAACGCCAUCGCGGCAACCACAUGACCAAGGCACAAGUGGUGCAGUGGACGCGCCGAGCUGACGCGGUGACCAGGCACCUCCUGCACAGUCUCGCGGUCCUCCACGAGGCCGCUGCAAUGGAAUCGCACAAGCAGUCGUCGCUCAAGCAAUGGCUAGCCCAGAAGGAUCAAGAGCGCAUGACGGCGGCGGCAGCGGCGACCGUCGUGGCGCGCCAACGUAGAGAACUCGAACUCAUGACACGCGAGGACAAGCCCCCGGAGACCGAGGUGGACCGCAGGGCUCGACUGCAAGCAAAAGCGCAGCAGUUGGCGCAAUGGGAGGCCGAGACACGAAUAGCCAACGCGGCGCAGGUGCGGCGUGUGCUGGAAGCCAAGGCAGAGCACCUAGCCCGGCUGGCCAUGACGCACGAAGACCGGUACAUUCCCCGCGCCGUCCAUACCGCCCAAGAGCUCGAGGCGGCGGCUGUGGCGGCAGAGGCGGCGCGUGUCGCCGCGCUUCGUGUCCAAGUGCGUGAACGCGUCGUCCGCGAAGUUGAAGAGCGGCUGAUGCGGGAAGAGGAUGCGCUCGCCCGUCAAGUGCGUCGGCAUCUAUGGGACCAGGAGGAAGCGUCCUUCCGCCGCCAACGAGGCCAGGAAGCGGCCGAGGCCCGCCAAAUGCGCCAAGAAGACGUACACAUGCACAAUCUGUGGCCGCUCAUUGACGCAGCGGACGAAGAGCGGCAGUUCCAGGCAAAACUGGCGAAGAAAAAGGCAGACCGCGCUGCAGCUCGGCGCCAGCGUCGACUCAUCGAACACCCCGAGCUGUAUGCCAAGGAGUGGGAAGCGGUGGACGACGGCUCUGCGCGAUACUUUCGCAACAUUGUGACGGGGGACGUGCAAUGGACAAAUCCAUGCGUGACGCCGUCAUGGAAUCCGGUCGUGGAUGACCAAGGCCGCACGUACUACGUCCAUUCAACGACAGGCGAGUCGGUGUGGACGCUGCCGACAGAGCCCCAUGAACAUGCAUGGGACGAGUUCUAUACGGACGACGGGAUCGCAUACUACGUCCACCGCACGACGGGUGAAAGCGUGUGGAAAAUACCCGGGGAAUGGUCGCCGUAGCGAUGCGGAAGGCGGGGACGGAGGUAAAGGUGGACGUGGCGGAGUACCCCUCGACGGCGCGAUCGUUCCCGGGAGCUGCGUUGGAUGGAACCGAGGACUCCCACGGUGGUUGCAGGAAUUCGACGCCGCUCCACGAAUACGUUGCAGUGCACAUCCGACCGCAACACUUGAAAUGACGAGAACGAGUGGCGAGUGUCCAUGCGGCUCGCGGGAAUUCGUCCAUGCUCAGCUGCGUUUGCAAACCAAGACGAGCGUCUGUCUUACCUAGACGCGUCAUGCAGCACGUGCUGACACUCCCUUGUGGAGACUACCGCGAGUGUGCGCCUUGCACAGUCAAACGAGUGCUUGACUGCGUCGUGCCCAUCUCUCGGCAGCCAUCUGCAGUGGCGCCACCACAACUCGCGCGACCGACGCACCGCUCCACGCGACAUGCCCCAAUCCCCCGUACACUUGACCGUGAAACAGGCCCAACUUUUUGCCAUAAUUUGAAGAAUAUUUAAUGUUCAAUACAAAUGAUUCGUAUAAGUGGUAUAAUAUAAAAG